AUGCGUGCAACCUUAUACACUGCUAUUAAGAGGACAUUUGGAAUAUGGGAAAUAUCUUUACCAUCUGAGGACAUCAACAUGGAUAUGAAUGAAUGUGAUGUGAUCUCCAAUGAACAUUCACCCAAACUCCAGAUCCGGAGUCACAGUUACCUGAGGGCGGUAAGUGAAGUCUCCAUCAACCGAAGCCUGGACAGCCUUGACCCUGCAGGCUUGCUCACAUCACCGAAGUUCCGCUCCAGGAACGAGAGCUACAUGCGAGCCAUGAGCACCAUCAGCCAGGUGAGCGAGAUGGAGGUGAACGGGCAGUUCGAGUCCGUGUGCGAGUCGGUGUUCAGCGAGCUGGAGUCGCAGGCGGUGGAGGCGCUGGACCUGCCCGUGCCCGGCUGCUUCCGCAUGCGGAGCCACAGCUACGUGCGGGCCAUCGAGAAGGGCUGCUCCCAGGACGACGAGUGCGUGUCCCUGAGGUCGUCCUCCCCGCCACGCACCACCACCACCGUGAGGACCAUCCAGAGCAGCACGGGCUGAAGAACAGCACAAGCGAAAGCUGAAGCAUUAAUGAAAUAGGCAGAUUGAUCAAUUCUGCUUCCUGGGGUCAUCCCCCGAAUGUGCCGUGAGAAAAUGUGGGCACUCUGCACUGCAGUUGAGCCACGGACGCCCACCGAACACCUGCAGCACGCCAGGCUUUUCUGGGUGCUGUUUCGCAUACCGGACGUUUCCAUAUUGCAUGAGUGUCACACUUGAUGUCGGAGCAGAGACCACCACAUACUUAUGAUGCCCAAAGAUUAUGAUCAGGUGGCAGACUUAAAGCAAACUCUGAGUUUGAGAACAGAAGAGUCAGCAAGAGCAUAAUUCAUCAAGUUGCUGCCUAUUACUUCUCCCUCCCCCAAGCAUGCUUCCAUCCACACCAUA